AUAUAAACCCCUCCGCCCCUCCUAAUUUAUUUUAAGAAUCAUCACAAGUGUGUUCACAGUGCGUAUUUUCGUACAAUACCGGUCAUUCGAUCACCUCCACCUCCACAUAUAACCAGUCAUUCUAUAUCAUCCAGUGCUUUUCUCCAAUACUUCUUCUUCUGGAUCAAUCAUCAAAUGGAAAGAAACCUUAUGCGCAGGCAGGUUGGUCUGAUGAGGCAAUCCCUCUUUACUCAGGGUUAUCUGGAUGAACAGUUUAUUCAGUUGGAGGAGCUGCAAGAUGAUGCUAAUCCAAAUUUUGUGGAAGAAAUAGCUGCAUUGUACUACCGUGAUUCAUCUAGAUCUCUCCAAACCAUAGAGCAGGCUCUAGAGAAAAAACCCCAUGAUUUCAUAAAGUUGGACAAUUAUAUGCAUCAGUUCAAAGGAAGUAGCUCAAGCAUCGGAGCCAAAAAGGUGAAAGCCGAGUGCCAACAUUUCAGAGAAUAUUGCAAGGCAGGAAAUGGAGAAGGAUGCAUGAGAACUUUCCAACUACUGAAGAAAGAACAUGCAACUCUGAAAAAAAAGCUCGAGGCUUAUUUUCAGAUGGCAAGGCAAGCUGGGCCAACCGAGAAUGCAAGUCGUCCUAAGUAGCAGUGGUGGAACUAGAAUAUAAAUCUUGGGGGUCGAGAUAUAAAUGAAGUGUAAAGGAUAAUGAUUUUACGUAUUUC